GAAAUGACAUUUUCGCGCCCAAUCCAAAGAUAUUUUUCUUCUUUACCAUCUUGUGUUUUAGAUAAACUUCAUUAUUUAUCUUUUUAAUUUUAUUAUUUUUCAUAUUUACAUUAUUUACAAAUAGGGCAUUGCAUUUCAUAUAUGACAAAAUACACGUUUUGAUAUAACAAUUUUAAUAAAGUGCAUUUUUUUGUGGAAGUUAGCGUUUGUUUAAUUUACACUCAGAUUAUCACAUUGUGCCCCAUAAAUGUUCAUUGUCUAUUCAUUUAUCAUCCAUAUAUAGAAGUAAUAGUAUUUCCCAGGGAAGUCCUUCAAGAAAACAAUCACCUAUCCAGAACUUUAAAGAUAUUUUUCCACUUAUAAUUGAUAUUAUUUAGAGAAUGAACAGUAAUAAUAAUAAUCAAGGCUUUGGUGAAGAGACUGAAGAAUCUAAGAAUGUACGAAGAGCAGUGAAGGGGAAAAUGAAAAUAGAUAGAGAAAAUUAUAAUAGUCGCAAAAGAGCUCGACCAAACAAUAACAGUGAAUCUUCAGAUACACGAAAACCUCAAAAAAAGCUAUUAGAGCUAGAAACAGACACGACUGUACUUCAAAGGCGUCAAAAGCAAAUUGAUUAUGGGAAAAAUACAGUUGGAUAUUACAAUUAUAUACAACAAGUGCCUAUUGAUCAGCGAACUAAAGAUCACCCAAAAACGCCAGAUAAAUUUACAAAAUACAGUCGGAGGUCAUGGGACACAUUAAUAAAAAUGUGGAGGAUUAAAUUACAUGAAUAUGAUACCACUGCAACAAAUAGCACAGAACCAGAUUCUGAUGAAGAUAGCUCCAAAUAAACUGUUAUUGUGAAUGUACUUUGUUAAGACUGAAUUAUAAGGCAAUUAUUCCAGAAGCUACGAUGGAAAUCUAUUGUAAUCCCAUAUACUUACUAUAUUUUUCCUCAUACAAAAAUCAUGUUUUAAUAUGGGUGAUGUAUUUUAGUAAUGAUAUACUUUUCAGUAAAUAACCAUGGAUUCAAAAUAUGUAGCGAAAUAGGUAAGCAUUAGUGAUGUGCCAGAUAUCCAUAUCAGAUAUCGUGAUUAUCCGAGAAAGAAAAAAGAUCUGUAUCCGUAUCCGUCAUUUAUAGCGAAUUUUGAACCUUUUAUUUUAUUAAAUGUCACUUAAUAAAAUAUAUUUUUCUUCGUCUUAAAAUAUAUCCACAAUAACACUUUAAACUUUUGGAAAUAUUGUUUUAUUGUUUAACUUUUGCUCACGACUUAGUACGCGUGGAUUUUACUCUACACACAAAAUAAGAGUAAAUCGUCUCUAAUUAACUUUAUAACAUUUAGAUAUAUAAAAUUUUAUAUAUAUUUAUUGACAAAUAAUUACAGUCUACACUGAAAAUGAGCUGGUGAUUUCCUAUAACAGCAUAUACUACUUACAUGAUCUUUUUUUUGACAUGAAUACUUUACCUCCUGGUGAAAUAAAAUUUUGUAAUCUCUACAUAAACCGUUAUUUCUAAGAUUUCACUAAAAAAUCGAUAUCUUGGAUAUAAAUUAGUUUUAAUACGAAAUGCUUUGGAGAUUUAUUUUUCAUAUAAGCGCCUUUCAAAAGUUUACCUAUGAGAUACGCGCGUAUGUAAGUUUUUUUUUACAGGUUUCGAGGCUCCGUCCUUUCUUUCUUACAAAGAUAUGCAUCAAGACCAAACUUAACGCGGAUGAUAUUGUCCUAUACGGUUGGCAGAGGGUUACUUUAUUGAUUGUACUUUUUCCUUCAAAAUAUGUCCUAUACCCUAAUUAACAAAAUAGGAUACAUCUUUUUAUCGUAAAAAUAAUAAGGCUUCGUUUAGAAUGACUGCCCUAAACACAUAGAAAAGAGCUUUCUGCAUAUUUGCCCAAUUCACCCUAAAUUUAUCUCCAACGAGACCUGUAACAGUUGCUUUAUUUUAAGCCUAAUGGUAUUUUAUCAUGGCUCUUGGUGGUAGGGGGGGGGGGGGGAGAAUGGGCAAUGCUCUACCUUAAAAUGAAAGCCCCAAGAAAAUUAGACAGAUUCGGUUUUUUGAAGUCACUUAUGGCCUCUGUCCUACCAAAAAGUCUAGCUACGGUCCUGUAUUUUAGCAUUCAAUUUUCGUAUGGAUUUUUUAUUUCAUCUUUUACUUCACCAUAACAGGCCUAACCAGGCCAGACUAGUUGUUUGUUGGUGUUAUUUAGUACGUUAUACUAAAUCUAUGUAAUGUUAUGAUUACACCAAUGAAUGUGCAGAAGUCACUACACCAUCUCUGAUUAUAGUACUUGUAGUCUACUGAAUAAUAUUUACUUGUUUAUAAUUAUAAUUUCAUGAUAAAAAUUGCGUAACUUGACCGUUCUAAAGGUUUUUAGAAUACACGGCUGGUAUAUGGAAAUGAAAGUAGUACAUAUAAGUAGUUUUGUAACCUAACGAGUGUAAUUUAAUAUCUUAUAUGAUUGAAAGUAUAAAUAAAUACAAUGAUUCAAGAA